AUGUUGCUUCCAGAUCCCAUGUCAACACCAAGUCCUCAGAUGCUGGUGGCAGCUGCUCAGCAGACCCUGGGCAUGGGAAAGAGACGGGGCCCACCCCGAGCCGUCUGCCUUCACCUAGCUGGAGAGGUGCUGGCUGUGGCCCGGGGACUGAAGCCAGCCCUGCUCUAUGAUUGCAGUUGUGCAGGGACAUCAGAGCUCCAGAGCUAUCUGGAGGAGUUGCAGGGCUUGGGCUUCCUGACCCAGGGACUUCACAUCCUUGAGAUUGGAGAAAACAGCCUGAUUGUCAGUCCUGAGCAUGUAUGUCAGCGCUUGGAGCAGGUACUGCUUGGUACCAUAGCCUUUGUGGAUGUUUCCAGCUCCCAACCUCACCCUUCUAUUUGCUCCCUGGACCAACUUCAGGAUUUGAAGGCCAUAAUGGUUGAGAUCAUCACACAUUUGCAAGGGCUGCAGAGGGACUUAUCCCUGGAAGUCUCCUGCAGCAGACUUCGUUCUUCAGACUGGAAUCUCUGUACUGUGUUUGGGAUCCUCCUGGGCUAUCCUGUUCCAUAUACCUUUCAUCUGAACCAGGGAGAUGGCAACUGCUUAGCCCUGACCCCGCUACGGGUUUUCACUGCCCGGAUCUCAUGGCUGCUCGGUCAGUUCCCAGUCUUGCUCUUUUCCUUUAGUGUCCCCGAGAGCUUGUUCCCAGCCCUGAGGGAGAUUAUAAACACUUGGGAGAAGGACCUUAGAACUCGAUGUAGGAGGCAGAAUGACUUUGCUGACUUGAGCAUCUCCUCCGAGAUAGUCACGUUGCCAGCUGUGGCUCUCUGA